AUGGCUCCAAAUAAGAAAAAGAAGAAGCCUGCGGCUAAUCCAGCCCGAGGAUUUGCCACGACUUCACUUCCUUCCAAGGCAAAGUCAGUCGAGCAGCCCAACGAUACCUCAGCGCCCGAAGAUCGUGGCUCUGUGGUGUCCGCUGCAACUCCUGACUCCAAGCCUAUUGACACGAACAGUCAGCUCUCGCCGGCGUCUCAGGGGUCCUCAGAUAUCAAGAACAUGAGCCCAGAGGAACUCGAAGCGCAUCUUGAAAAUUCCGAACUAGAGGCCCUUGUACAGAAGCAUGCUGCACGGUCGAUAGCUGAUGCAUCCCGGCAAGUCGCAAAGUUGGAGACAGAACGGCGGCAGCUACGUUCACAGGCAUACAGACUGUCGGCAUACCCUUGGCUCGCUGACGCGACGGUUGACGAGAUAGUGACCUUCAACGCGUCCGAGUCAUUGUAUGUCGCGCCCAGUGGCAGUGCAAUUGCACCUAUUUUGGACGAGGAGAAGACGUUGGUUGACCUCUGGACUCUGGAACGAGUCUUAGAGUCGUUGAACUUCCCAAGAGUCCCCGAAGCUAUCGCUCAUGUUGCGAUAUUAGCCACCUGGGGUAAGCUGGCCAUUGGCACCGAUUCUCUGCCUGGGCUGCAGGAGGCAUUCGAGUGGUAUGCGUCCAAUACUGGACCUAGCGAGUUGCCCAGUUACGAAAGCGUGCCAGGAUCGAAACCUGGCUUGAGUGGUGAGAGCACGCCCAUGCAAACGACAUCGGAACCUCCAACAGUCAGCCAAAGUAGACAGAGCCCUGCAAGCACUCCGACAAAUGUAUCGGAAUCAGAGAAAGAUUCUUCACCAGAUAUUUCCUCCGAUAGCGAUGAAGAUAACGACCCUGCGAAGCUGACUGAGAAGUACAUUCGACUUCGAAGCCUGAUCUGGGAGGCGCAGAAUACAGAGCCGGAGCAGACUCAAAAGAGCACCUCUAGAAAACAGAAGCGGAUUGCAAGGGUGACCCAGAGACUGCAGCAGUUGAUACGGGACCCAUUGUUUGACGAAUACGAAGCAGAGGCAGCGUGGAGCAUUAGCCAAAUCGAGUUGGAAGUCCAGCACCAACAGCGUCUAAGAGAGAAAGCUGCAAAGCGGCGCGAGGAGAUGAGAAAAGAAACGCACGAGGUCAAAAGCUCACAACCGGAACCUGCAACUGCGCCUUCUCGCCAAGAAGACCAGCUGGUCGGAAAUACCGAUACAGUCGCAGAUGGAUUACUCGGUGGCAUGUUCGAAGGAGUCGACGAAGCCGUCUCCACCAAAGAAAAAGCUUCAGAACAGCAGGACAUCAAAACGAUCGACUUCGGCCGAUGGACAGGGGUAUCUCCACGAAGACUCCUCGACGACAUAUGUAAAGGUCAUGACUCAAAGGCCCGAGUGGCAGUACGUACCCUGCACAAAAGUUCCUACUCAGCGAGACACAGCUUGGAAAUAUCCUGGACAGUGGAUGUCUUGCCAGGUCCUCACACUAUAGAUGCGCUUCCAUCCGAGGUUUUGGCGACAACUGCGCCGCGCCUGUGGAGUCUUCAGAUGGUCAGCAUGGCUGCUGCGAGCAGUGCGCAAUCCGAAGCCUAUGUCUGCGCUUUGGGCCUGUUUCUUGUCUCUUCAUUAGGUGCUAAAGAACAGAAAGCGACAACUCGUCUUCCUACAGUCUGGAGAGAUCUUAUCAAGGACUUGAACGAAGCGAAGCAACGAGUAAUGGAUGAAGAGCACAAAACAAGCCUUCGUCGCAUCCGUGAACUGAUCCAUGAAACACAGGAAAGGAUGAAACAAGUGCAAACCCAGACCGCCAGCACAGAUCGUGGCAAACAACAGGGGGUUGUAGCUGAACGACGCCGGUUGCAGCGCCCCAAGCCUGCAAAAUUGGAUCCGGAAGAGAUCCUCAAAGGAUGGGAGUCGCGGACCGCUCGUCCUGCGUUUCAGGAGAUGCUCCAAGUCCGCCGGCAACUCCCCGUCCAUCAAUUUAAAGACAUGAUUCUUAGCUGCGUCGGCGACAAUGCCGUCAGCGUGAUCUGCGCGGAGACCGGCGCCGGCAAGUCAUCUGGCAUCCCUGUAUUGUUGUUGGAACAAGACUUCAGCCAGGGCAGAGAUUGCCACAUCCUUGUCACGCAGCCACGAAGAAUCUCGGCCGUGACGCUUGCGAGGCGUGUGUCGCAGGAAUUGGGCGAGGGUCGAAAUGACCUUGGUACCAUGCGCUCUCUCGUGGGAUACGCCAUUCGUCUGGAAUCGAAAACGAGCAGUAACACGCGCAUCACGUAUGCUACCACUGGGGUGCUGCUGAGGAUGCUAGAAGAAUCUCCAGAUCUGGACGAACUGGACUAUUUGAUACUUGACGAGGUACACGAGCGGACGAUGGAUUUGGAUCUGCUGUUCAUCGCUCUCAAGAAACUGCAGCAGAGACGGAGCACGUUGAAGAUUGUGUUGAUGUCCGCAACGGUGGACGCGAAGAAGUUCUCGGAAUACUUCGGAGGCGCUCCCGUAUUGGACCUUCCAGGAAGAACGUUCCCGGUUGAGGUCGGCUUUCUCGAAGACGCGGUAGAGGCGACGAAUGAUGUCAAGGAUAAAGCCCUGUCCGUGCAGGACGAUUCCCAGGAUGUUGCCGAUGACUUCUACGGCAACGAAAAAGGACGUCCGGUCGUCAGCAACCCGGAAGCGUACAGCAGUCAGACGCUCCGGACUUUGUCCAACAUGGACGAGUACCGGAUUGACUACAACUUGAUCGUCAAGCUCGCCGCGUCCAUUGCCAGCAAACCAAAGUACAAGAAGUACAGCAGCGCGAUUCUGAUUUUCAUGCCCGGCAUUGGCGAGAUGCGACGACUGCACAACUUGCUCCUGUCACUGGACAUCUUCAGCAGGAAUUGGCUCGUAUAUCUCCUUCACUCGACGUUUUCCACGGAAGACCUGGAGAGAGCAUUUGAACGCCCACCGCCGGGCUACAAGAAAAUUGUGAUAGCCACAAACAUUGCCGAGACCGGUAUCACGAUCCCGGAUGUGACAGCGGUCAUCGACACAUGCAAAGAGAAAGUGAUGCGGUUUGACGAACGCCGUCAAUUGUCAAGGCUGACAGAGGGUUUCAUUUCGCGGUCUUCAGCCCGUCAGCGACGGGGUCGUGCCGCGCGUGUACAGGAGGGACUAUGCUUCCAUCUGGUGACGAAGUAUCGACAUGACAACCAGAUGUUGGAACAGCAAGUGCCGGAGAUGCUGCGACUGGGCUUGCAGGAUCCUAUUCUGCGCAUCAAAGUGUGGGAUCUAGGAUCGAUCGAGGAGACUCUUAAUGCAGCGAUCGACCCGCCGUCCAGGAAAAACAUCCUGCGGGCCAUCGAGAAGUUGAAGGACGCCGGAGCAUUGACCAAGACAGAGGCGUUGACACCGUUAGGCCAGCAGAUUGCACGGUUGCCAUUGGAAGUGUCGUUGGCCAAACUCGCCAUCUUCGGGGUGAUAUUCCGAAGCCUGGACCCCAUUCUGGCCAUCAUCUCACUCCUCACUUCCAAAUCUCCAUUCCUGAGCUCCCCAGCCACUGGCUCGCAACCAGACACUCGGCAGGCGUUCAGCCGCGGGGAUUCGGACCUGCUGUCGUCGUUGAACGCGUACGAGAGCUGGAGAAGAGCCAAGGCCGCCCGCUCUGUCCAAGAAUUCUGCCGCAAGAACAACGUCUCCGACCAAGCCAUGUCACAGGUCGAGGAGCAGAAGAUCCAACUGCUGGUGUAUUUGGUCGACGCUGGCCAGGUGAUCCUGUCAGGCGAGGAGAAGGCCAGCUUGAGCCGAGCGCGGACAGGAGGUGCCGGGAGCCGUGGCGGCGCGAGCGGAGUCUUCUACGCCCUUCCACCACGGUAUAACCAGACCAUCACUGAUCGAGCACUCAACGCUCUCCUGGCCAUGGCACUGUACCCGCGAGUCCUGUUGCGCGAAGGCAAAGGCUGGCGCAACGUCUACAGCAAUCAACAGGUGUCUCUGACCGCUCGUUCCGUCAACCAUCCCAGCAACAACACAAAGCCACCACGCUGGCUGUCUUUCUACGAGGCCAUGCAGAACCGCAGCGGCAGUCUCAACGUGUUUGAAACAUCAGCCAUCCCUGAAUCUGCAUUGGCGCUAUUGCUCGGCGACGCCGAGUACAAGUUCUUCGCGGGCGUGCUGGUGCUGGAUACUGGCAAGGUCAAGCUCGCCGUCAAACAUUGGAGGCAAUUGAUGGCGAUUAAAGUCUUGAGAGAGCGGAUCCGACGUGUUUUGGACACUUGUUACAAGAACCCCGGCGAGGAGAUGCAGGAGACUGAGCGGAAGUGGGUGGAUUUCUGGUUGAGCAUUGAGGCUGCUGCUCAGGAGUAA